GGAGGCGGGCGCAGUCAACCCAAGGGUGGAGAAGUGGGAAGCCGAAGGACGCGCGUUCCCGGGCUCGUGACCGCUGGCGGCUCAGGGAACAAGCGCCCAAACAGCCCAGGAGAGAUGGCAGGCGGCGGGGACCGGCGCGUCGUGGACACCCUCCACCUGCUGCUGCUGGUGGCCGCCCUGCCCCUGGCGGCCCGGGGGGUCAGUCGGAGCGCGGCAGACUGGACCCAGGAAAAGAAUUAUCACCAACCAGCCUUUCUGAAUUUAUCAUCUCUUCGGCAAGUUGCGGAAGGCACCAGUAUUUCUGCAAUGUGGCAAAAUGACUUACGACCAUUGCUGAUAGAGCGAUAUCCCGGAUCCCCUGGAAGCUAUGCCGCUCGCCAGCACAUCAUGCAGAGAAUUCAGAGACUUCAAGCUGACUGGGUCUUGGAAGUAGACACCUUCUUGAAUCAGACACCCUAUGGGUACCGGUCUUUCUCAAAUAUUAUCAGCACCCUCAAUCCCACUGCUAAACGACAUUUGGUCCUCGCCUGUCACUAUGACUCCAAGUAUUUUCCUCACUGGGAUGACAGAGUGUUUGUAGGAGCCACUGAUUCAGCUGUGCCAUGCGCGAUGAUGCUGGAACUUGCCCGGGCCUUAGACAAGCAGCUCCUUUCCUUGAAGAAUAUUUCAGACUCGAAGCCAGAUCUCUCACUCCAGCUAAUUUUCUUUGAUGGAGAAGAGGCUUUUCUUCACUGGUCUCCUCAAGAUUCCCUGUAUGGGUCUCGGCACUUAGCUUCCAAGAUGGCAUCAACCCCGCAUCCACCUGGAGCAAGGAACACCAACCAGCUGCAUGGCAUGGAUUUAUUGAUCUUACUGGAUUUAAUCGGAGCUCCAAACCCAACAUUUCCCAACUUUUUCCGAAAUACUGCCAGAUGGUAUGAUAGACUUCAAGCAAUUGAACAUGAACUCCAUACAUUAGGUUUGCUCAAGGAUCACUCUUGGGAGAGGCGGUAUUUCCAGAAUUACGGUUCUGGAGGUGUGAUUCAGGAUGACCAUAUUCCAUUUUUAAGAAAAGGCGUCCCGGUUCUGCAUCUGAUCCCGUCUCCUUUCCCUGAAGUCUGGCACACCAUGGAUGACAACGAAGAGAAUCUGGAUAAAACGGCCACUGACAAUCUCAACAAAAUCCUACAAGUCUUUGUGUUAGAAUACCUUCAUUUGUGAUAUUCUGGUUUAGUUUACGGCAAUUGCAUCUAGUGUCAUAUUCAAAAUCAAGGCACCCUUUAACAUAAUGUGAUUCCAGACAGAUGUCGUGUGGAAACUUCUAUCCCAUAGGUUCACUCUGUAGGUAUCUUGGAAUAUCCUAGAUUUAUGUCACGUCCAAAUUGCUCACUCAUUUUCAUCUAGUGACAAAGAAAGGGAAGUGUAAGAAAAACUGAAGAUAAAUAUCUUUUUUAAACUUUAGAUAAGAAACUGUGAUGCCACAUCAGGUGCAUAUAGUCAGUAUCACAGUUUUCUAAACAAUACUUAAAUAUGAUGGUCAUGUGCAAAGUGUAGCCUUAGUUUUAUGAUUUUCUUAUACCUGGGAAUCUAUUGCAUGUAAUCCAAAACAGAGAUGGCAGUUUGAAAAUUCACACUUUCUUUGAGAAAUCUUUGUAUUGUUUAUUUCAUGGAAAUUAAAUCAGAAUUAAAUGCCAUGUUAUGAAUGUCUUUUUUUUAAAUAUGUGAAUGAAAAAUUGUAUAAAGUACAGCUCAGUUUUUAUGGAGUUUUACAAAUUUAACAUUUUUGUUGUAAAAUAAUAUAGUCAGUACCAAAAUCUAGAAAAUGGAGAAAAGAAAAAAACAACUAUAAUUUCAUUAUGUGAACAGAAUCACCAUUUACUCUAGUUUUUUCUCACAUAUUUUCAAUGUAGUUUUUAUGUCGUUAUAAUCAAA